AUGGAAACUGUGGAUUCAGGGAGGGCCAAUCAGAGCUUGGCUCAGAGCCCCAAGUCGAGGCUAACAGUCAGUAUCCAGCCUCAACAUCCAGCAGAGGCCCCAGAUCAGGGUCUGAGCCAGGCCAACAAUGACCAAGGAGGAUGGGUGCAGCUCCUCACAAAUGCUGGGACAAGUGGACUUUUCCUUGGUGUGAGCGUGAGGGAAGAGGGAGCUGGAAUGAGGUGCAGCAAAACCAUCCAGGCUGGACAGUGUCUGGACAGCUCCAAAGGUCCUGUGGGCCUGUCACCUCCCCCUGUUCCUACAGCUGGUUUCAGCAGCUUCUUCUGUGUCUGUCAUGUGAACCUGCUGCCUGGUGUUCUUGUUUCUUCUGUGACCUCCCAGUAUUCCCAUCUCAGCAUGGCCCUCUGUCAGCUGGCUGCUCAUGACUGGCCGAGGUUAAGUUGUGUUUGUGUCUAA